GAGUCUGAUCUGGUACUGCUAUGCCCAGAUGAACUCCUCCAAGCAAAAAUGCCUGUUGAUGGCCAUGGAGUACAUGCCAAUGACGCUCGCCGAGCUCAUAAAGAAGCAUCGCCCGCGACCCCUGCAGAUGAUCUAUGUGCGCAUCAUCUCCUAUCAACUGUUCCGGGGCCUCGGCUAUUUGCACUCGCACUGCGUAAUGCAUCGGGACAUUAAGCCGGAGAAUAUGCUGAUCGAUCCGCUCACAAUGAGUCUCAAGUUGGCCGACUUUGGCAGCGCCAAGUUCCUCUACGCCAACUCUUGCAGCGCCACGUAUGUCUGUACGCGGUCCUAUCGGGCGCCCGAACUCUUAGCGAGAUUCCAGCGUUAUAGCACCACGGUGGACGUCUGGAGCGCCGGCUGUGUGCUCGCCGAACUGCUCAAGAGCUUCAGGCUCUUCGCCAGCAACAAGCACGGCGAGGCCCAGCUGCUGCACAUGAUUAGUGUGCUGGGCACCGACGGCUUGGAGCGCGCGCCUCAAAUCCUGGCAGCCAGUGGCCUGGACACCGCCACCACGAUCAUCCCGCGACCCAGGUGGCAAACGCUAAUUGGCGCCUGGGUGCCACAGGAUUUGGCGGCACUGCUGGAUGCUUGCCUGCAAUAUGAUCCCGCCGCUCGUAUCGCCCCACUGCGAGCCUGUGCCCACGCCAGCUAUGACGAGCUGCGCAUAAUGGACCCCCUCAACACCCACAUGCCCAACGGCGUGCGUCUGCCAUCGCUGUUCAACUUCAGCCAGCAUGAGCUACAGAUUGAUCCCGACGUCAGUACGCAUCUAUUGCCACUCCACCUGGUGGAAGUCAUCGAGCAAUAGCGACUCAAGGCCAACCCUAGAUUUUAAGUUCACAUUGUGUAUAGUCACCCGGGGCUGUAUUAGUUAUAUGCAUUGCUUUUUAAAUACUAAACAUGAGGUGAGUAUCGAAAACUCGCGGCUCU